AUGUCCGAUUCCAAAGCACUCCAAGAGGAGGCUGAACACCCCCGUUCCGUCUCUCUGAAAACCACCGACGAUGUCAACCGCAUUGAGGCGCCUGUAACAUGGAAAGCGUAUUUGAUGUGCGCUUUUGCUUCAUUCGGCGGCAUCUUCUUCGGCUAUGACUCAGGUUACAUCAAUGGAGUGCUCGGAGCAGACAUCUUCAUUCGGGCAGUCGAAGGCCCAACUGCAGAUGCUCUUAGCUCCUCGCACCAAUCGCUCAUUGUGUCAAUCCUGUCCGCUGGCACCUUUUUCGGGGCUCUUAUCGGCGGCGACAUGGCAGAUUUCAUCGGUCGCAAGUGGACCGUCAUCAUGGGCUGUAUGAUUUACAUGUUCGGUGUCGUUAUCCAAAUGAUCACCGGAGAAGGCGAUGCCCUAGCUGCGAUAGUGGCCGGCCGCCUCAUCGCCGGUAUUGGGGUCGGUUUCGAAAGUGCCAUUGUGAUCCUUUACAUGAGUGAGAUUUGCCCCAGAAAAGUCCGCGGAGCCCUCGUUGCCGGCUACCAAUUCUGUAUUACCAUUGGUAUCAUGCUUGCUUCCAUCGUCGUCUACGCAACCGAGGAUCGACAGGAUACGGGCUCUUAUCGAAUCCCCAUCGCCAUCCAGUUCGCGUGGGCCCUUAUUUUGGCCGGUGGUCUCCUCACCCUGCCCGACUCACCACGCUAUUUCGUCAAAAAGGGCCGCCUCGAGGAUGCCGCCAUCUCGCUGUCGAAACUCCGCGGCCAGCCCCGCGACUCCGAUUACGUUCAGAUCGAGCUAGCUGAGAUCGUUGCCAAUGAGGAAUACGAGCGGUCCAUCAUCCCCUCUAGCGGCUGGUUUUCCAGCUGGGCCAAUUGCUUCAAGGGGGGCUUGAGGGUGCAGAAAUCUAACCUGCGCAGAACCAUCUUGGGCACGUCUCUGCAAAUGAUGCAACAAUGGACUGGUGUCAAUUUCAUCUUCUACUAUUCGACCCCUUUCCUUCAGAGCACGGGGGCCAUCGACAACACGUUCCUCAUCUCACUCAUCUUUACCUUGGUCAAUGUAUGCAGCACACCACUUUCGUUCUAUACGGUUGAGAAGUUUGGCCGUCGUCCGCUCUUGGUCUGGGGCGCAUUAGGCAUGUUGAUCUGCCAGUUCCUCGUCGCCAUCAUCGGCGUGACAGUCGGGUUUAACCACACUCAUCCGGACCCAGCCGAUCCGAACCUCAGCCUGGCGGACAACAUCCCGGCGGUCAACGCCCAGAUCGCGUUCAUCGCCAUAUUUAUCUUCUUCUUCGCGUCCACAUGGGGUCCCGGGGCGUGGAUAGUGAUCGGGGAGAUUUUCCCGUUGCCGAUUCGCUCGCGGGGCGUUGCGCUGUCGACGGCGUCGAACUGGCUCUGGAACACGAUCAUCGCCGUCAUCACGCCCUACAUGGUCGGCGAAGACCACGGCGACCUCAAAUCCUCGGUCUUCUUCGUCUGGGGCGGCCUCUGCACGACGGCAUUCGUCUAUGCGUACUUCUUGGUGCCUGAGACGAAGGGCCUCACCCUGGAACAGGUCGACAAGAUGAUGGAAGAAUCCACGCCGCGCACCUCGAGCAAGUGGAGGCCAACCUCUACCUUUGCGCAUAGCCGGGCCCGAGAUGGCGUGUUGGAGAAGGAGGUGAUGGAUGACGUCGCGCGACGAGGCUCUGCGUUCUGA